CAACAAACGCCCCCUGGAAACAGCUCUCCAGUGCAGACGCACUUCUGUGUGAAAUGAGCUCAUGUGGUGCCUCUUGUGGUCGUUCGGUAUAAAACGCCCACUACAAAUGCGGUGCCGGCGGGCCUCCGGCAGUAGAGAGCAUUAAUGAGCCCCAUUGGUGUUUGGUGCCACGGAUCAAGGCGAAGAAGCUACUGCACAUGAAAACAUACUCGGACAGGCCACAAAAAGGAGGUUCCAGGACCGCAGGCAGUGCAUGAGACGGUCCCAAACGUGGAAUAGGUCUUAAGGGUGUAUGCCCAUAAACUAUUUAACACUUCAUAACGAUCAUCGACUGGACAUGACAUGACUCAGUGACUCUGCAUCAGCGUCCUGCAAAGACACAAUGUCGACUGUUGGCUGAACUACAUCACCAGGAUCCAACCUUUCUAACAAUAGAUCAAUGAGUUUUGAACUUAAAGAAUAGAUAAGGAAAGUUAAAAGGCUGAUGAAACCAUCUUUAGAGAUGAUGAAUCGCUACAUCACGCUGAAUAGGCUGGGUGAUGGUACCUAUGGCAGUGUGCUAAUGGGGAGAAGCAACGAGUCUGGAGAACUGGUGGCUAUCAAGAGGAUGAAGAGGAAGUUUUAUUCAUGGGAAGAAUGUAUGAACCUAAGAGAAGUGAAGUCACUAAAGAAGCUGAACCAUGCGAAUGUGGUGAAACUGAAGGAGGUCAUCAGAGAGAAUGAUCAACUCUACUUUGUCUUUGAGUACAUGAAGGAGAACCUCUACCAGCUCAUGAAAGACAGAGAGAAUAAGAUGUUCUCAGAGAAUGAAAUUAGGAACAUCAUGUUUCAAGUGCUAUCUGGGUUGGCAUUUGUACAUAAGCAUGGUUUUUUUCAUCGAGACAUGAAGCCAGAGAAUCUGUUGUGCAUGGGUCCGGAACUGGUUAAAAUAGGAGAUUUUGGACUGGCCAGAGAGAUCCGCUCCAAACCUCCUUACACAGACUACGUAUCAACCAGAUGGUAUCGAGCUCCAGAGGUCCUGCUCAGGUCAUCUUCCUACAGCUCUCCUAUUGACCUGUGGGCUGUGGGCUGUAUUAUGGCAGAACUUUACACACUCAGACCUCUUUUCCCUGGGAACAGUGAAGUGGAUGAGAUCUUUAAGAUCUGCCAAGUCCUGGGCACUGUCAAAAGAAUGGAUUGGCUAGAGGGCUACCAACUAGCUUCUGCUAUGAACUUUCGCUUCCCCCAAUGUGUGCCGACCCACCUAAAGACCCUAAUCCCAAAUGCCAGCAAAGAAGCUAUUGCCUUGAUGAAGGACCUGCUGCAGUGGGACCCCCAAAAAAGACCCACUGCCGUACAGGCCCUGCGUUACCCAUACUUCCAGGUAGGCCAAGUAUUGGGGCCUCGUCCUCAAAGCCAAGAGGUCAAGAAAGUCCAAGCCAGGCCACUGGCCCAGAAACAGGCCUCGGAGUCCACGACUAAUCCCCAGCCGUCUUCCUCUGAGUCCAAAGCUUCCACACCCUCCUUCAGAAAUCAGCAGCAGCAUCAUCAUCAGCCUCUUCAGCAAAUCCCCCUGCCCCAAGCUGAGAGUAAAACAGGAGGUGUCACCCAUGCAAAAGCAGCAUCGCUGGGCAGUGAGAACAGUGUUGGUGGUGGAGUGAUGGGGGUGCUGAAGAGCAGUCGUUGUCGCUGGGGCCAGACAGUGGCCAAGACGUCAGAGAGCAGGGAGGAAUCUGACCUGUCAGAAACCGCCGCCUCCAACUCCAAGAAACCUAGCCUGGGUAAUGCAGAGGAGGAAAGGAUCCCUAAGGAACACCACUCACAGCCCAAGGAGCAGACACCUCUGUUUUCCUUCAGCACAGUUACAAAGCUACCCAACAAUGUUAAGAUGGGCCAAAUUGACUACAGUCUUCCAGGAUCUGCUGCUCGGCAGCACUAUUUCACCCAGUCACGGUACUUGCCUGGGUUGAUCAGCAAAAAUCAGACUUCCUCGGGAGAUAGGGAGUUCAGUGGUAUGACGCUGCAGGAUCUGUGGGAGAACUCAUCAAACACUGUAAACAAACCACUUGGUCCUAUUGGAGGAGGAUUAUCUGUCAACAGAAACAACACAGGGAACUUUGUAAGCACCAAGUACAACCUCUCUUGUGGUUACAUCCCUUCAUUCCAAAAGAAAGAGGUGGGCUCUGUGGGGCAGAGAAUCCAACUUCCUCCUUUGGCUGGGCAGCACACAAAUUACAAGGGCUGGAAGAGGACAGAUGGGAAUCAGAUGAAGGGUAGCAGCUGCUCAGCUCUGGGGAAAACCUCUGGGAAUCUCCUGACCAGAGCUCCCACUGUACAGCCUGUCCACGGCAGGGUGGACUGGACUUCCAAGUAUGGUGGAAAUCGGUAGUUCAGUGAAGAAGGCGCUACAACUUCUGAUUGUUGGGCAGUGUUGCCAUAGGUACACAACUUUGGAUGAGAUAAUUAAUCCUGAGUAGAGUUUUAACCACAUUUCAGCUCUAAUCUUGAGGAAAUAUAUUAAUGCUGUAUGUUUCCUGAAACAAACUACAUCAAGAUGUGUAUGACAGAUCCCACAUUCUUUGCGGAGACAUUUUUCAUAAUGUUUGUACAUGUAAGAUUAAAUUUACAUGUGCAUGGAAUCUCUAUGUUUUGGAGAUGAAGGUUGCCAUGAUGUUUUCUGCAAGACAGUCCCACUGUAUUCCUGAAGGAUCCAGUGUGAGCCAAUUGUACUGUUAGUGUUUGGAUAUUCUGAAUAGGAUUUAAAUGUAGCAUAGCUAUUUUUUAAGAUCUAGUUUUUAUUGUCAAGUGUUGUUUCACUACCCAGGCACAAAAUGUUAACCGCCUUUUAUCAACUAUUCCUGCAGUGCUGCAUUCUCUCUGCUUUUAUCCACCAUAGGGUAGGUGACUGCUACAAAAACUUUCAUUGUAAUGGCUACAGGAAGGAUUACAUCAAACUUGUUCUUAAUAUUGUAAGGCAACUGCAAGUGUCUUUGUGUUAUCC